AUGGAAAAACGCGAACUUUUGCGUGAGGCUACUAGACGUCCUUUAGAUGAUGCAGCUAAAGAGAGGAGACAGAGAAAAACUCUUAGCUUGUUGGAACAGGAUAAUCACAUUGAAGAACCCCACUCAGAUGUGAAAGGAACGAACAGACCACAAUUUGGAGAUGAGGAUGAAGAUAUUUCAGCCAACAAUAAGCGCCGAAAAAAGAAACGCAUAUCGAAUAUUCGUGCACGCUGUAGGAAAACGUUUGAGAUUUUACUGGAUGAAGAAUAUCAAGCAACGAAAGGAGGAACUACUGGUGCCUGCUAUUUUACGGCUGCCGUUCCUCCGAGCAGGCUACCCAGGAGGAAGUUUUUUUGUGGUCUACCAUACUGCAGUAGGAAGUGUUAUGAAAUACAUUCAGAUACGCGGUGUAUGAAAUGGGUCGCUUAA